AUGCCAGCUCUCCAACACAGACACAACACAGUAAACAUAUCAGAGUCACAUCUAGGUGCAAGUUUGACCGGCUCUGCUGAUGCUUGUCUCGAAAUUGGGCACCAAAUCAAACAUUCGAGCGACUUUGGAAAGUCUGCUGCGUGUAUACAAUCUGAACUCACCAAAGUAGCAGAUGAAUUUUACGGCAUUCGAUCUGCGUUCCAGGAGAUCGAGCAGACCUGGUCUCAUCUUACUGGUCAACAACUCUGGACGGAGAAUGCAACGAAAACCGUCAAGCACGCCCAACAUGUCGCUCAAGAUAUAGCGAAAGCUCUUCGGGAUCUCGUCCGCCAAUGCGACACUUGGGAGGUUGUCGUCCCAGAUCAUUUCUACUACCAACUGCAGGCAUUUGAGAUCUGUCUGCAAAGACAACAGCUGGUUCUCACUCUUCUGAGAAUGGUGUUGUAUGUAGUUUCUCCAUAUGAGUUACCAACAUAUCCCUACUACGGGAUCCGCAAGAGCGUAGAAGAGAUGGAACGUGAAAGGCUCAAACAUGGGCGCGAGCAGCUCGUUCAUGCGGUCCGAAUGAGACAGGAGAUGCAGGCCAAGUUGUCGAAAAUUGCUUCGCUUGACCCAGAAUACAAGGACAUCGAUGCGGUCGAAUUUUGGGAGAAGAUAUCCGAUACAGAGGGAUGGCCCUCUCCGCAGACUACUAUGGGCAACACGACUCCGACGGAUGACUGGAGUCAUGUCUUGCAUAGAGAUGAUGGUGCAAGCGGCCCUAUGGACUAUUCGUUCUUGCCGAUCCCCAGAGCUCAUCCUACGAAACUGAUCAAACGUCAACAGAGCAAAGACACUGGAGAUCGUACUCUGGAGGAAAUGUUGGACAGCUUCGGAGAGGGAAGAAAGCUAGAUGGAUCCUGGCCGAUAGGGGGUAUGGACCCUAGAACCAGAGGUCUGGCGAUGUUGGUCUUCCAUUGGACCAAUGCUGAGGUUUUUGUUGGCGUUGAGAGAAAAGAUUUGGAGCCAUUGUAA